GUGCUUUUGCAACAAACGUGCUUUUUGGGCAGUAUCAUAGAGUUUUGACUCUCCAUUUUCUGAUAUAUGUCGCUAGACUCCCAUGAUAAGCACCAGUCACUUUUCUGCAAUGUUCGGCUUAGCCGCUUUGUGAAAAUGCUCUCAUAGCUAAUGCAACUGUAAUAGGAGCCAUUUCUAUAUUCCCUCCACAUCAUUUGAUAACAUUGACAAAGAAAACUUGUAGCUCGGCGCUGGCCUAUAGCAUAAUUCAAUUUUUAUGUCCUUAAAAAGAUAGCUCCUUGCUCCUUUUAGAUAGAUAUCCGGCUCUUUUGUAUGCAAGCACUAUUUACAGUUCGCUUGAUACAAUGAACAUUUGACGACCGUAUGGUUCUCGAAAUAACACUCAACCUUUUUGAGGAUGUUAGAUAUCGCUGCGAAUAUGAUUUAACAAAGCAAAGUUUCAGAUCAUGCUUAGGAUCCUAGUACUUGCAUUAGUAGCCUACUCUCAAGCCGAUAUAUGCCCUAAGGGACACAAAUACGAUGAAAAAACCAGGAAAUGCUAUGCCUUCAUUUAUGAUGCACUUGACUUCAACGAUGCUAGCAAAGCAUGCCAAGAGAGAUUUGGCUAUGAGCUUAUUUCCAUUCAUGACAUGCAGCUCAAUCUAUACGCACAACAGUUGACUCAUGCUUUCUUCGACAAGGACUAUGGAUCAUUCUGGAUUGGAGCUACCAAAUGGGGCUAUGGUGACUGGCAUUGGACAGACAACACACCGUUCGACUUCCAGAACUUUGCAAGAGGAAACAAUCCGCUCAAGUACUGCGCUCACAUGCGUAUUGCAGACGGACAAUGGAUUGUCGAUGAUUGUGAGUAUGGACUACACCAGGCAAUGUGCUUCGGUGAUCCAGGAGUCCACCCAAGAGUGACAACAGUAGCACCACCAGCACCAGAGCCAUGCAAACCUGGAUGGCAUUACAACUCAGUGAACAAGUAUUGCUACACAUUCUACCCUGAAUAUGAUCACAUGGAUAUUACCGUUUUCUUUGAAUGUGCGCUUGAGAGCUCCAUCGAAACUGCACAAGAAGAGGCCUUUGUACGAGGCAUACUGAAGUGGUACGAUCCAGCUACUUAUUCCUGCAAGUUACCAUAUGGACGUCACUACUUUAUCGGAAGAAUCAAGGGCACGAAAUCCGAAAAGAAGAUCGAACGUCAUUGGACCCACUGCGGCAAUGAUUACUACUUCAACAGCACUGAGAUAGUAGAGGGACCUAACUACAUCUUCAUCACGCAUGAUCACUGGAAUUAUGAGAAGACAAUCGAUGCUUGUUUCUUCAUGUGCAAGAGGAAGAGCAUUUACCUCGUUUGAAGCAACACAAGCAACUUUCUUUCUGUUCAGACAGUGAAGCAAUCAUUUGUCAAUAUGCUACAGAGAAUUAA